GGUGGUAUUUUCCAACACGUCCGCAAUACAGGAAUAAUAACAAAGCGCGCUCGAAUCGAAGGCCAUUUCAUUUUUAAAAACUCGCUCGAAAGACGUAGGGUGCCCUCAACUGUUGUCGUGCCUAGCUGCAUUUGAGUCCUUAGCAGACGAGACUUCAAGAAAAUGUCUGGUCGAGGCAAAGGAGGAAAGGGUCUAGGCAAGGGAGGAGCCAAGAGACAUCGAAAGGUCCUCCGAGACAACAUUCAAGGGAUCACCAAGCCAGCAAUCCGAAGGCUUGCCCGUCGAGGUGGAGUCAAGCGAAUCUCCGGUCUAAUCUACGAGGAAACACGGGGUGUGCUCAAGGUGUUUCUGGAGAACGUGAUCCGUGAUGCUGUGACGUAUUGUGAACACGCCAAGCGGAAAACCGUGACGGCCAUGGACGUGGUGUACGCCCUCAAGCGUCAAGGCCGGACGCUCUACGGAUUUGGCGGCUAACCAGACACCGAACCAGACAUCAUGGCACAGAUUACUUCAAAUCCCAAGUUGACCUCAAAUUGACCUUUUACAAUGGAGACUUCUCUCAAAACAAAUGAUGAUCCUAAAUGUACCAUCUACCCUGCAUUUUUUCAACAAACUUUACGAGUAUUUUAGGCAGAUGUUCCGAGGUUUUUCAUGUGUGGGUGUAUGGUUAUUUUGGAGUGACGACUUCCUUCCUAUUGGUACCGGCAAAUAAUUGUUAUACCUGCAAAGAUCCGGACGAGAUAAUCGCACUGAUAUUUUUGUUAUUUAUUAGGUUCAUUUAUUUGUAACAAAACAAUUUUAUCGACCAUCUAUUUGACAUUAGUGAGCGGAAAUUGUAACCAUCACGUCAUUAUCGAGCGAUUUGUUGUGUUUUGCCAUAAUUAAUUUCGUUAAAAUUUAAUAAGUAGUUUUGUGUAUUGUGUCAUGUUGUGCUGUAUAUUAUGUAUAUCGUUUUGCCUUAUUUUGCUUAUAUAUUAUUUGAAAAAGAAAAAGUUAGAUGUUAUAGUUAAUAAAUUGUAAUAAAUUAAAAAAAAGAAACUGUUUGCUUUUCGCCACUUAU